AUGAGGUUGUCAGUCGCAGCCGCCAUCUCCCAUGGCCGCGUGUUCCGCCGCUUGGGCCUUGGUCCUGAAUCCCGUAUUCACCUGUUGCGAAACUUGCUUACGGGACUGGUGCGGCACGAACGCAUCGAGGCGUCAUGGGCGCGCGUGGACGAGAUGAGAGGCUAUGCGGAGAAGCUCAUCGACUAUGGAAAGCUGGGAGACACCAACGAACGAGCUAUGCGCAUGGCUGACUUCUGGCUUACGGAGAAGGAUUUGAUCCCAAAGCUAUUUAAAGUUCUGGCCCCUCGGUACCAAGCUCAACGUGGGGGCUACACGAGAAUGCUGCAGAUCCCAAAUCGGAGUGAGCAAGAUCGGGCCAAGAUGGCAGUGAUCGAGUAUAAAGGAAACUGCCUCCCACCCCUGCCAUUGCCUCGCAGAGACAGCAACCUUACAAUCCUAAACCAACUGAUCCAGGGGCUGCGCCAAGACCAGAAGAAGAAAGCUGGUAUCCACAGCUCCCACACAACUAAAACACCAGGGAUUUAG